UAGAGAUUCUCCCGAAGAAGGAAGAAAGAGUGAAACCUCUCAAAUAACAACACACUUCCCUUGUCUUCGUCGUCGUGUUCUUGGCCGGGAUCUACAAAGUUAACGAUGGAAUGUUUCUGCUGUAGAUGAAAUUCGUUUGGUGGUGAAGAUGUAUUUGUGGUGAAAGGCGAAGAAUCAUCAAAGCCAGUGAAGACGGGAGUGUAGUUGUUCUUCUUCUUCUAGGGGUUUUCCAGAUUUGAAGAAAAAAAACAAACAAUGUUGUGUCGGAGAUUGGUGCUUGUGUCUCGUAUCCUCUCGAGUCCUUCAGGAGGUACUCUUACAACUCCUUUGCUCUCUGGUGGCAGCAGCGAUAGAAAGAUGUCUUCUUCUUCUUACAAAGAGAGACUGAGAAGUGGGAUUAUUGGUAUCAAGAAGGAUGAUGCUGUUACUCUGUUCCAAUCUAUGAUUCAGUCUCGUCCUCUGCCUACCGUCGUUGAUUUCAGUAGAUUGUUUAGUGGCAUUGCGAGAACAAAACAGUAUGAUCUAGUGUUGUCUCUCUGCAACCAAAUGGAAUUGCAAGGGAUCGCACAUAACAACUACACACUCUGCAUUAUGAUCAAUUGCUUCUGCAGGCGUCAUAAUCUCGGUUUUGCUUUUUCUGUGAUGGGAAAGAUGUUGAAGCUUGGGUAUGAGCCCAACACAAUCACAUUCUCUACUCUGAUUAACGGAUUGUGUCUUGAGGGUAGAGUCUCUGAAGCUGUGGAGUUAGUUGAUCAUAUGGUAGAUAUGAAGGUUAUUCCAAAUCUCAUCAUACUUAACACUAUUGUCAAUGGGCUUUGUCUCCAAGAUAGACUCUCUGAAGCAAUGUCUUUGAUAGAUCGAAUGUUGGCUAAUGGGUGCCAACCCGACGCAGUUACAUAUGGUCCGGUUUUGAACAGAAUGUGUAAGUCAGGGAACACUGCCUCGGCCUUGGAUCUCCUCGGAAAGAUGGAACUUAGAAAGAUCAAGCCUCAAGUAGUCACAUACAAUAUCAUCAUUGACAGUCUUUGCAAGGAUGGGAGCCUCGAAGAUGCACUCUGCCUUUUCAAUGAAAUGGAAACCAAAGGAAUCAAAGCAAAUGUCAUUACCUACACCUCUCUCAUAGGAGGCUUUUGUAGUGCCGGAAGAUGGGAUGAUGGUGCACAGUUGCUGAGGGAUAUGAUUACAAGGGGAGUCACCCCUAACGUUGUCACUUUCAAUGCUUUGAUUGAUAGUUUUGUGAAAGAAGGACAGCUUACCGAGGCUAAAAAAUUGUACAAUGAGAUGAUCACAAGAGGCACAGAUCCAAAUAUCAUUACAUAUAACUCUUUGAUAUAUGGGAUGUGCAUGGACAACUGCCUAGAUGAGGCCAACCAGAUGCUGGAUAUGAUGGUUAGCAAGGGAUUCUAUCCUGAUAUUGUGACGUUUAAUAUCCUUAUCAACGGAUACUGUAAGGCUAAACAGGUCGAUGAAGGUACGAGACUUUUCCGCAAUAUGUGUUUAAGAGGAGUGGUUGCUGAUACAGUCACUUAUAACACUCUCAUCCAAGGGUUUUGUCAAUCGGGAAAACUUAAUGUUGCCAAAGAACUCUUCCAGGAGAUGGUCUUUGUUGGUGUGCCACCCAGUGUUGUGACUUAUAGUAUUUUGCUGGAUGGGUUGUGUGACAAUGGGGAACUAGAAAAGGCUUUGGAAAUACUUGAUCAAAUGCUCAAGAGUAAGAUGGAACUUGACAUUGGUAUAUAUAGUAUCAUCAUUCACGGGAUGUGCAAUGCUAGUAAGAUCGAUGAUGCUUGGGAUCUAUUCUGUAGCCUCCCUCUCAAAGGAGUGAAGCCUGAAGUCAGAACAUAUAAUAUAAUGAUUGGAGGAUUAUGUAAGAAAGGCUCGCUGCCUGAAGCGGUCUUGUUGUUUAGAAAGAUGGGAGAGGAUGGGGUUGCGCCAAGCAGUGGUACAUACAACACACUAAUACGAGCUCAUCUCAGAGGUGGUGACUUAACAAAAUCAGCUGAACUUAUCGAAGAAAUGAAGAGGUGUGGGUUCUCUGCAGAUGCUUCAACCAUAAAGAUUGUUAUGAAUAUGUUAUUGGAUGGUAGAAUGAAGAAAAGCUUUCUGGAUAUGCUUUCUUAGAGUGGUGGAUCUUAGUUGCUAGAGACAGAAGUCCUGGUUAGUGUUUUGAUGAUGUGUAUUUGGGCGUAUUAGUUGAAACAAAGCUUGAUUGAUGCCUUCACUCAUGUUCUUGUUUUUUAUCGCUUUAUUUCUUCAUGUGUUUAGAGCUACA